AUGCGUGAAUUUUCUGAUGCUGAAAUACAGAGUAUAGUGCGACUUCAAGCUUGUGUUCGUGGCAUUCUUGUGCGUAGAAGAUUCAAGGAAGCUUUACAACGUUUUCGAGAUAUAGUAUCAGAAUUUGUUUCAGCAAAAACAGACGUUAUCCAUCAUUCUGCUAUCAAUGUAAAAAAUCCUGAAUCGCAUGUAAACCAUUCAUAUUUUGUGAUGUCUUCAUCAUUAUGA